AUGACAAAGAAGAUUAGUGUACCAUUGAAGCGUGCAAGAAGGCAGUCUGCUGGAUCUGCCAUGUUGACUAAGGAUAUUAGCGAAAGGAUGGAGCCUCAAUUAUUUUUGAGAUUAUGUAAGGACUUAUCAUCAAAUUAUGGGUUCAAAGCUAGUAGUAACAUGCCUAUCUUCGAGAAAGUCGGCAAAUUCUUGUACACAAUUGCUCAAGGUGCCUCAAAUAGAGUUCUUGGUGAGUGUUUUCAACGUUCUGGUGAUUCUAUUAGUAAAGCAAUUCAUGAAGUUUUGAAUUUAAUUUUUUUUCGAAAGGUGAAGAGUCUUGCACAUGAUAUUAUAAAGCCUUAUGAUCCUGAUUUCACAAGUGUGCUUGCAAAAAUAGCUCAGGAUAAAAGAUAUAUACCAUUUUUAAGAUGGUACACAUAUAACAACAUGUAUACCGAGGAUCUACAACUGUGUUUUAGAGGAAGGAAAGGAAUUCCCACAUUUAAUGUAAUGGUUGCCUGUGAUUUUGAUAUGAGUCUUACAUAUGUAUCAGCGGGUUGGGACGGUUCAACAAACGAUACUCAUGUUUUUCUUCAUGCCAUUGAAACUCUAGAAUUAAAUUUCCUUAAGCCACCUGAAGAUGGUGGAAUUAGAACGAGCAGAUCUACAAAAAUGCAGAUUAUUCGUGAUUGUAUAGCUGAAUCUUUAUGGCGAGCUAAACGUAGCCAAGGUAAUGGAGAUGUGGUGGACUGCGUUGAUGUGUACAAGCAGCCAGCUUUUAAUCAUCCACUCAUGAAAAAUCACAAAAUAGAGAUAGCUGCAAGUUUAUAUCCUAGUAAUACGAACGGAAGCAACUCUGCACCGGACCUCAUACAGCCAUGGCAUAAAAUUGGUAUGUGCUCCGAAGGCACUGUUCCUAUCAGAAGAAGGAAACUUCAAGAAACUUCGUCUAACGUGUCAACCAAUGGCCCCCACCAUGAGCUUGCAACUCUCAUAGCAAUCCCAACGGAGACGAGGUUCUAUGGAGUAGGCGGCGAGAUAAGUGUCUGGAAUCCUGCUGUAUCCAGGACAGAGGAUUACAGUGCUUCUGCAGUUAUCGUGAGAUUAAGAGAAGGAGCUUAUUUUAUGGCUGGAUGGAUUGUGUAUCCGGAAUUAUACCGUGACUUCCAAACAAGAUUUUUCAUCUUCUGGAAAACAGAUACUUCCACGAAUACUGGCUGUUAUGAUCUUCAUUGUGAAGGUUUUGUGCAAGUGAACCAAAAUUUUGUGCUUGGCAGCCGCAUGUCAUCAGUUUCUACAAUAGGCGCGGAAACCCAUCGUGAACUCAGAAUAAUUAUUUUCCGGAGUCGAGAUACCGGAAAUUGGUGGCUUCGUGUUGGGGGUGAUAAUAUAGGAUAUUGGCCUGCCACACUCUUCGGCAGCACAUCAGAAGGAGCAGAAAAUAUACAAUGGGGAGGUCAAAUAUUUGAUUCUGUAGGAGCUGGUCAGCACACAGCUACUGAUAUGGGUAAUGGACUAUUCCCUGAUAUAGGUACUUACCAUGCUAGCUCUGUUUGUCGGCUUCAAUAUGUGGAUAGUUCAUUCACACUCCGCACUCCAUCUCGGUCGACAUUGGGGUUCGAUGUGACUAAUCCUUUGUGUUACGAUGCCGAACUACUUCCUAAUUUAGACCCUGAUAAUGGCCUCUGUUUCUUAUUUGGUGGGUCAGGGAGAAAUGCACGAUGUCCAUAGUUGCUGUCGUAUACAAUAUGUGGUACUUAUUGAACACUGUUUUUGUUCAUGGACGACUGUGUUUUGUACAAAUCCGUGUGAGAAUGACCAAUGGCUAUACAUAUUUUGUAAUAAUGCUCCUAAGUAUUUUGUGAACUUCUGUAUCUGUAUACAUCAGUACAUGUAUACAUGCAUGUAUCUUUAAUUUGUUGAUCAAAUCAUCUUAUUAAAGUUUAGCUUUGGCGUCAUUCAUGAUACUCAAUGUAUCCA